CUCCUAACUCCGCCUCCAGGCGGCCAUUAUAACUGCCCCAAGCUUGUGCCUGAUCCAGAGCGCUAGGUUGGGACGAAGGUGAGGCGAUUAAGGAUGUCCGAGAGGAGGUGCGGUCUCUGCUGCACAGAGGCGGGCCCGAGGUUCGGCGCCUCCCGGGGUGCCUCGCGCCAGGCCCGGGAGCGAGACCGCGGCGCGGGUAUCCCCCCGCCUCUCGAGCACUUCGGUCCCCCUGCGCCUAGAAGUCCGAUGGCGGCGGCGGCGUUGAGGGACCCGCCUCAGGGUAGUGUGACUUUUGAAGAUGUGGCCGUGAACUUUUCCUGGGAGGAAUGGGGUCUCCUUGACGAGUCUCAGAAACGCCUGUAUCAUGAUGUGAUGCUGGAGAACUUGGCACUUAUAAGCUCCCUGGGUUGUUGGCCUGGAGAAGAGGAUAAGGAGGCAUUUUCUGAACAGAGUAUUUCUGAUCAAGGAUGCUCACAGAUCAGGAUUGUUAAGGCAGGUCUGUCUCCCCAGAAGGCCAACCUCUAUGAGAUAUGUGGCCCGAUCUUGAGUGACAUUUUUCACUUGGCUGAGUACCAGGAAACACACUGUGGGCAGGAACUCCACGUGAGUGGGAUAUGUGAGAAGCCAUUCUAUUUUAGAGUAAACUUUCAUCAGCACCAAAAGCAGCAUAUUGGAGAGAAACCAUUGAGAAGUGAUGUGAGGAGAGCCUUGUUUGUGAACAGCUGCAAAGUCUAUGUAUCAGUGAAGCCCUUUACCCUUGGGAAUAUUGGGAAGGACUUCCUGGGCAACUCAGGAUUUCUUCACCAACAGGCCACACACAACUGGCACAAAUCACAUAGUGGAACUAAGUGUGAGACUCCCUUUCUAAGGGGUAAAAAUCAUUAUAAUUGGGGAGACUACACAAAACCUAUGAGUGGCAAACACACACUUGUUCAGCACCAGAGAGUCCUCACUAGAGAAAGAUGUUACCUGUGCAGCGAAUGUGGAAAAUCAUUUAGCAAAAGCUCUCAUCUCAUUAGACAUCAGAGCGUUCACACUGGAGAAAGGCCUUAUGAGUGCAACGAAUGUGGCAAAUCUUUUAGCCAAAGCUCAAACCUCAUUCAGCAUCGGAGAGUUCACACUGGAGAAAGGCCUUACGAGUGCAGUGAAUGUGGGAAAGCCUUUAUCCAAAGAUCACAUCUCAUUCAGCACUGGAGAGUUCACACUGGAGAAAGGUCUUAUGAGUGUAAAGAAUGUGGGAAAUCUUUUAACAAAAGCUACAGCCUCAUUCACCAUCAGAGUGUUCAUACUGGGAGAAGGCCUUAUGAAUGUGGUGAAUGUGGGAAGUCAUUUUCCCAAAACUCUGUGCUCCUUCAACAUCAGAGAGUUCACACUGGUGAAAGUCCUUAUGAAUGCAGUGAAUGUCAGAAAUCUUUUCGACAAAGCUCUGCACUCCUUCAGCAUCAGAGAGUUCAUACUGGAGAAAGGCCUUAUGAGUGUGGUGAAUGUGGGAAAUCCUUUAGAUAUAUCUCCAACCUCAUUACACACCGGAGAGUUCACACGGGAGAAAGGCCUUACGACUGCAGUGAAUGUGGGAAAUCCUUUAAGAAAAACUCUUCACUCCAUCAACAUUGGAGAGUUCACACUGGAAAAAGACCUUAUGAGUGCAGUGAAUGUGGGAAAUCAUUUCGCCAAAAUGUUGUCCUCCUUCAACAUCAGAGAGUUCACACUGGAGAAAGGCCUUACAAGUGCAAUCAGUGUGAGAAAUCCUUUAGAUACAUAUCCAACCUCACUACUCAUCGGAGAGUUCAUACUGGAGAAAGGCUUAUAAAUGUAGUGAAUGUGGGAAAUCAUUUAGCCAAAGCUCUAACCUCAUCACACAUCGGAGAAUUCACUCUGGGAAAAGGCCUUACAAUUUGGGGAAUCUGUUGAGUUCUUUACCUACAACUCCAGUCUCUUAAAACACUGGAUCAAGGCCUUAUGAAUGCAAUGAAAGUGAUAAGGCCAUUAACCCAAAGUCUUGACUCUUUGGAACCACAGAUUUCAGAAGGGAAAAACACCUUACAUGUGUAGGAUCGUACAGUUUCCUUUUUCAGCAGAUCUACUCUUGAGAUCCUUCCUGGUGGUACCAUCUGAAUUGAACAUCAUACAUCCAAACAUCUGCAAACAUCCCAGCCUCCUGUGUUGUUUUUUGGUUGGCAUUACGUGUGUCAGAAGCAGGAUACAGGAUGCAGACCUGCACGAGCCCUCACCAACUCUGACACUGCCUUGUAUUCAAAUCAGGUGCCUAGAAGCCCUUUGAGCUUUUCAUCUCCUUGGUAAUCCCAGAUCAUGGUGUGGCUCCAUUCCACAGACAAGGAAAUUGAGGCUCCAGAACCAGCGGGCAGCCCUGCUGCUGGGAUGAGGCAGAGCAGUGACCUGAACCCCGAGGCAGAAGAGUCUCAGCGGGGCGGCUAUCUGUCUGCUGAAGACACAGAUACACACUUAAAUAGACAAGAGAUUGGACUUCCCUGGUGGCUCAGUGGUAAAGAAUCUACCUUCAAGAAAUCUGCUUCAAGAAAUCCCACAUGCUGAGGAGAAGUGAAGCCCGCGUACCGCAACUGCUGAACCCACAUGCCCUAGAGCCCAGGCUCUGCAACACGAGAAGUACACUGCAAUGAAGAGUAACCCCUGUGUGGUGCAACUUGAGAAAAGUCCUCUCAGCAACAAAGACCCAGCCCAGCCAAAAAUAAAUAAAUUUUUUUAAAAAAGAGAUUUACUUCUUGUUGAAAAUGGGGAAUGAGAUUUCCUUCCUCUCAGAGCAUUUACUUUAGAAAACUUGUAGGAACUGUCUCAUCUUUUUAAAAUGCAUGUCUUUGAAGACUUCUAAGAAGGCCUUUUUUCAGCUGGUCUUUUUUUUUUCCUCCAGUUUUAGGAUUCAUACGUCUUUCUCAAGAACCUGGCUCCCAUCUCCUAACACUGAAGAUGGGGAGAUAGCUCACCAGGCAGUUCUGUUAGGAGGAUAGGAGUCUCAUCUUAGUGGAUGCUGUGCUCCAACUUUAAAAACUACCUUCAGUUAUAGAGAUGAGAAUUUUGUGUUUCCUCUAGGUAAAACCAAUAAACUACACAGUCACCCCAAUUACCAGGUAAAAUUAGGACUCUGUGUGACAAAUGGUAUUGUCAGCUCCUCUUCCUCGAGGACUAGGGGAGUUAGGUUUUUUUCUGCCUUUACAGUUUCCUAGUGGAUUGCCUGUGAUGCACUGUAAUCCUUUAAUACUUAUUUUAACAAUAAAAUUGAUUUUGUCUCUA